AUGAUUACACAAGACCAAAUGCAGCAAGUGCAAAAGCGCUUGGCAGUUUAUCAACAGGGGAGUUACUUUGCAUCAUACCUAUCAUCCGUUGGACAAGUACAUGAGCUAUGCCAAGCCAUCUUGCUGGGGCAGCUCGACGAGGAGCACGCAUUCUCUCAAGAGGCAGUACAGAGACUGCGGGAUGACAUCAAGGUCAAGUACUUGGAGAAUAAGAUUAUGAUAGAAAGCGACAAGCUGCGCACGGAUCUGCAGGACAGCGCGGUGGAGACGGGAGUCGGGCUACUGAAAGAGCGGCUGCCAGAGCGUAUGGCCGCUGUGGAGGAGCUUGCCAAGGAAAUGGAAGUACGGAAUGCGCGGUUGCGACAGAUGACGAGAGAUGUGGAGGCGUUCAACAGAGAAACCCGGCAGCUCGCGACGAACGCGACGACGUUGCGCUGGGAGCGCAAGGAGUGGGAAAACCUGCUGGGGGUCGAGGAAUUCGGCCGGCUGCUCGAAUCUGGCAUAUUCCAACAGGAGCGCAGCGGUCUCUAUCUGGUCAAGGAGCGGUUGUUUGAGGGUGAGGAUGAGCUGCAGCGCAUCAACGCGCUCAUGAAGGCGGACAUUGAGCGGCUGAGCCGCGAGCUACAGCAAUACCAAGCCCGCUGGCUACAGAAUGCCGGGGUGCUCGAGCGGAUCGGCCAGAUCCUGGAACAGGAGACUCUCCUGCGGAAGGGAGGGCAGGCUAGCGAUGAUGUAGACAUGGAUGAAAAUGAUGGCAAUGAAGAGGACGAAGAGGACGAGGCUGACGACGAGAGCUUUGCGCGCCGGCUUGACGGCAGCGGCAGCAGCGAUAACGAGCUGGAUCACGAGUCUGAAGCGAUGGACACCUCGGAAAGCGAGUCGGAUAUGGAGUCACAGAAGCUGGAAGAGGAACGACCGGCAUCCGAUGCGCAGCUGUCGAACGCGGAGGAAGACAGUGCGAAGGCAGGCAGCGAGGGGCUGGAUGGGUCUAGUGAGCCACGCGGUUCACCGGCGCUAGCAGAUCCGGGCACACACAGGGAGGACAGCCCAGACCAGUCCGAUACAUAG